AUGGAGGUGGUUUCGGAUUAUUGGGCAGAGGGUGGAUGGGAUUUGGGGAAAUUGCCCAGGAUCCUUCCGGUGGAAAUGCUGGAGAGGAUUGGCUCCAAGUUUUUCUGUUGGAAGGAGGGCUCAAAUGACGAACUUUCUUGGUCUGCCACUCAGUCUGGGAGGUUUACCGUUAGCUCAGCUGCUGAGCUACUUCGGUCUGACGCUGGAGUCUCUUGGGUCUUCAAGCACGUGUGGGUAGCUGGUUUACCGAUAAAGUUCUCUUGUUUGGUAUGGCGUCUACUGCACUACAAGUUGCCUGUUGCGGAUGUGUUAGCUAAGCUAACUGUUCACGGCCCUUCACGUUGCUACUGCUGCAGCGAGUACAACUCAGAAACGUUGCAGCACAUUUUCUCCCUCGGGGAUACCCCGACAGCAAUCUGGAAGCUCUUCGAAAUGCCAUUUGGUUUCUCCUCCCUUGGAAGGUUUGUAUAUGAGGGGCAAGUACUAACGGUGGAUAUCCUUUCACACAGGAUCUUAGUUGAUCUAAAGGAGUUGUUGAAUUCAAAGUUCCCAGUUCUCCAACGGCAGUGUCUAGGAAAAGGUUGGCCAACCAUUGUUUAUCAGCUAACUCAAAUGCAUCUGCCAAUACAAGCGCAAUAUGUUCACUGGAUACGCCCGCCAGAAGGAUUUUGUAAACUAAAAUUUGAUGGGUCGUUGGUGGAUCAGCAGGGAGGGGGCGGGGGGAUUUUGAGGGAUUCAAAUGGCCGAAUGAUAUUUGCAUUUUCAGAGGGAUAUACAGGUGUGACAUCUCUGCAGGCUGAGGCUAGGGCGUUAUGUACGGGGUUGGAAUUAUGUACGCUAUUGGAUGUAACGGCGCUGUUGGUUGAGGGUGAUUCUAAAGUGGUGAUUGAUGCUGUACAGGGGAGUUGUGGCUGUCCGGCGUCUGUGGCAGCAAUAUUGCGCCGUAUUGACCAGGUCACGGUUAGGACGCUCUCAUAUAACCAUAUUUAUCGAGAGGGCAAUGCAGUUGCUGAUUCAUUGGCAUUAUUUGGUGGUGACACGAAGCAAUUCUCUCUAUUUCAUUCCAUCCGUUCUUUACCUACAGUUGUAAGAGGUGUGUUCAAUGUUGACCGAUUGGGAAUUGGUAGCUUUAGGUAUCGUAGGCGGUGUCCACCGGUUCGCUCUUGA